CACAGUUCAGUCUUGAACUACAUUUAGAUCUUGUUCCUGCCAGCAAUAUGAAGACUUUGAGUGCCAUCCUCAUUGUGGGCUUCCUAGUCCUUUGGGCAGAGAUGCAGCCAACAUCUGGUAUAACCAUCCCAUAUGGUCUCAAGAAACCUGGACAAUGUCCAAUACCUCCUGGAAGAUGCAGGAUGAUCGACCCACCUAAUUAUUGCAAUUAUGAUUUUGAUUGUGAAGGGCCAAUGAAGUGCUGUCUAAUGAUAUGUGGGAGAGAUUGCGUCGAUCCAGUAUAGUCUUGUUUCACUGAUGGAUGCCCAGAACGAGCAAACACUAUCACCCAUGAAUGUUCUUGUGAAUGGGAAUCACCAGUCAACGAACCACAGUUGCAGAAGACAACUCCAGCUGAGUGUAUCAUUGAACCAGAUCUUCGGCAGCAACCAAUCCAGCCUGAACCCCAGGAAGAAGUACACAGUGUUUGAAGGGGCAGUCAGUAGCUAUUUUUUGGGCUUGAUCUGAAGAGGGGAAAGUAUAAACUCUUGCUUCAUCACUUCAGCCUCUAUACACAUUACCUAUUAAUGCAACUUUUAGAAACCACACUUUUGCUGAUGAUCUAUACUGCAUGAAAUCUAAACCAUAGUAACAUAAUCUUUUUAUGUUCACUUUUACAAAACAACAACAAAAAACCUUUUAUAUCUUAUUGGGUUCCUAUUGCAAUGUGUCUUUUUUUUUUUUUUUUUGCAGUGUUGCAGCAAAAACUUUACACCUCCAAAAGCUAUUUUCCAUCUGAAAUCAUUAUGGAAAUUCAGCAAGCCAAGAAUACAGCUUAUUUUUUUACCAUGUGGCUUUUCUGCAACAGGGAAUAACUUUGCAUAAAUGGGAGUUUUUAAAUGGAAG